AUGUUGCCCCAUACCCUCUCCUCGUCCGCAAGGCCGAAUACGGUCAUGUCUUCGGCGUCGCCCGAGGUGAUGGACAUCACCAACAUGCUGAACAACAAAGGCGGCAUGACUCACGGACUCGGGGGAGGCAUGCCCGACCACCAUCAUCAUCAGCACCACCUUGGCCUCGUUAAGCAUGAGCCUACGAUGGACCGAUCAGCCUCUCCUCACAUGUCUGAGCAUUCUUCCUACUCCGCCCACAGCCUGUCUCGUGCCUAUCCUUCACCAACGGCCAUGCAAGCCCCCAUGCAAAUGCAGAACCCUAUGCAUAGUGCGAUGCAGAUGGGUGGCUUCGCCGAUAUGUCUGGCAUGGGCGGCGUGCCCAGCAUGGCUAUGCAUCAUAUUCCGCAGCAGCCACCGCAGCAGCAGCAGUCUCCCGCCGCUCCUGUGAAGGCCUACCCCUGCAGCACUUGUGGCAAGGGCUUUGCCAGGAGAAGCGACCUUGCCCGUCAUGAGCGUAUCCACACAGGUGUCAGGCCCCAUGUCUGCGACUACCCCAAGUGCAACAAGCAGUUCAUCCAAAGAUCUGCCCUGACCGUUCACCAACGAGUCCACACCGGCGAGAAGCCCCAUCACUGUGAGACUUGCGCCAAGCCAUUUAGUGAUAGCAGCUCUCUGGCUCGACACCGAAGAACGCAUUCAGGAAAGCGCCCUUACAAGUGCCCUUACGCCGACUGCCAAAAGACAUUUACGAGGCGCACUACUCUUACACGGCAUCAGAACCACCACACGGGCACCAUCGAAGAGGCGGCGGCGGCCACCGCGGCGGCGCUCGCAGCCUCAAGGGCCAAGAACGGAAGCCAAGCUCGCUCCGACGGCGACCACAUGUCCAACCACGGCUCGCCCCUGACGACCCCGUCACCCAGCCAUCACACCAUGAUGUCUCCCGCCCUGGACCUCUCGGGAUCCAACGGCCUCAGCCGACACGCCGAAUUCCAGUACAUGACACAGAGCGGCACGCUGCCUCCUCACCUCCGCGUGGGCAGUCCUAAUUCGACAACGUCGGCCGCCAGCUACAACACCGGGAUUCGGCCCACCUCGCACCCUACCGGCUACGGCCCCCCUCCCACGCUGGAGCCCAGCUUGGAGCAGCACCCGGCGGGAGCUGGAAGCGCAGGUGGCAGUCCUCACAUGAGCCAGGUUGGCUGGCAAUCCCCCCAAACCCACUCGCCAUCUCACAACGGCGGCAGCUACGUCUACCCCGACCCCGAUGGUUACCCACCCAACCCCUCGAUGAGCCAGAUGUACUACGGCGCACCACAGCAGAUGCGACGGCCGCAAAGCACAGAGCCUGGUCUGGUACACAUGGCUUAG